AUGCAAAUUCUCAACAAGAAAAGCUCGGGCCACUCAAGAAAAUUCAUAAUGAACUUAAAUGAUAGCAGUUUGUCCACUUCGUCGACAUCUCAUCCGACUCUCGCUAGAAUAGUUUCGAAUGUUGUGGAGACACAACAACAACUGGUAACUCAGAUUCAGUCUGUUACAACAGCCCUGGAAUCAUUAAAAUUGGAACACAAUUCUUCUAUUCAAGCACUACGUGAGGAUUGGAGAAGAACAGACGAUAGAUCUCAAAAACAAGUAGAAGAGAUUCGUGAUGCUCAUAAGAAAGAAAUCACUCGUUUAUUAGAUUUAAUAAAAACUUUAGUUGACAGCAAGCAAGAACAAGGCUCUCGAUCUAUUCAACCUCCUGUUGUGCCACAGCCUUUCAUGGUUCCCGGACACGUCGCUCAGAAUGAUGUUCAACGAGCCCUUAUGAUGCAAACUGAUCCUCAGUUGCGAAUGAUGUUCUUACAACAACAACAACAGCAACAACAACAGCAUCAACAAGCUCAACUUGUUCACCAAUUGCAACAGUCACACAUUGCCCAAAAUGUGCUGCAAGCUCAUGCACAAGCUCAAGCACACGCUCAAGCUCAGGCACAAGCACAAGCUCAGGCUCAAUCUCAAUCUCAAACUCAAAUUCCUGUACCAGUACCUGUACCAAUGUCACUUUCCACUCAACAGAGUUCUUUGCCUGUUAAUUCACUUCAAAGUACCUCUUUCACCCAAAAGACGUUCGCCCCUAUUCCCGUUACACAAACAGCACCAGUUGAAGUCGAGAAACCUGCUGCAGUUGUUCCAGCCGCUCCAGCUAAGGUAGAAGCUCCAAAGCCUGCUAUUUCUUUUGGCUCAUUGUUCGCUCAAAACUCCGAUAAGACUAAGGCUGCUCCUAUCACUAACAUCAAGAAGGAGGAUAAUUCUCCUGUUUCUGCUCAACCGUUUUCUGCGUUCGGUAGCAAGCCUUUCACCCCUACUGUUACUACACCUGUGAAAACUGAUACUAAAGAAACCCCAAAAGCCGUCGAUGAUGAAGAUAAAGUUGAAGAAUUUGAGCCACAAGUUGAUUUUAAACCUGUAGUUCCUCUUCCUGAUUUAGUGGAUGUCGUUACUGGAGAAGAAGGAGAGGAGACUUUGUUCGAAAACAAAUGUAAACUUUUCCGUUUCGCCGAAACAAAAGAAUGGAAAGAACGAGGAACUGGAACAAUUAAGAUUUUACUUGAUCUGAGUACCACUAAAAGAAGAGUUGUAAUGCGCCGUGAUCAGGUUCAUAAAGUUUGUGCUAACCAUCCUCUCUCGAAAGGCAUGACCAUAAGCAAAAUGCCCAAGAAAGACAAGGCUUUAAUCUGGCAUUGUAUGGACUUUUCUGAUGAAGAACAGAAGCAUGAACAGUUUUGUGCUCGUUUCGCAUCAGUUGAAGUUGCUGAAAACUUCAUGAAGAUUUUCCAAGAAGGAGUUGAUGAUUCAGUUGAAGUCAAGACACCCGUGAAAGUAGUUCCAAAAUCGAGUGAUGAAAAGGCAGUGAAAAAAACUGAAGCAAGUACAUCAAAAGAAGAGCCAAAACAACAAGGAUUCGGUGAUAAGUUCAAGUUGAAAGGCGGAGAGUGGAACUGUAAUGAUUGUUAUACUAAAAACUCCGAAGGAGAUGCAGCAUGUAUUUGCUGUGGGGCCAAUAAGGAUGGAACAGCUGCUAAGGACGUUUUCCCUAAAUCUAUUAUUCCUCAGCCAACUGGUACAUCGAAAUUCUCGUUCGGUUGUGCUGCCGCUGCUGCCGCCAAAGAGUCCGAUAAUAUACCCGUUGGAAAUGCAAAACCAGGAUUGUUCGGAAGUGGAAUUAAUAACACUACUUCGUCUUUCGCUGCGGGCGGAUCUUCCCCAUCUAUAUUCGGUGGAAACAAGGCUAAUGCUCCAUCUGCAAGUACUUCUGGAACUCCAAGUGCUAGUGGUUUUUCAUUCUCAAGUGCUGCCUCAUCUGCCACUACAACUCCUAACAACUCUGUAAAUUUCUCAUUCAAAAAUACUGGUAAGACACUAUUCGGAAGUGCCCCAGGAAGUGCCUUUGGUCAAGCCGCUUCCGCAGCUGCCAAAGACGCUGAUAAGGAUAAAACAGAGGCCAGCUCCGGAAGUACUCCAGCUACUGCUGCUGCUCCAACGAAAGUUUUCGGAAGUGCCUUCAGCACUGGUGUCAGUUUUGCUAACUUCGCCAGCAAGAGUCCCUCAGGUGGAAUCUUCUCCAAAGAAAACUCAGAGAAAGCUAAGGCUGAACUUGCUAGUCAACAAAAAAAUACAUUGUUCUCCAAUUUGAAGGAUAAGAAAAAAGACGAGGAUGGUUCUGGAGAUGAGGGAGCUGAAGGAGAAUUCGAGCCAGAUGUCAACUUUACUCCUGCCUGCCCACUACCAGAACUUGUUAAAGUAGUAACAGGAGAAGAAAAUGAAGAAGUUGUCUUCUCGAGUAGAUCCAAACUUUUCCGUUUCGAUAACUCAACGAAAGAGAACAAAGAGCGUGGAGUUGGAGAGCUUAAAAUCCUAAAAAACCCUGAAACCGGUAAAUAUAGAGUAGUAAUGCGACGAGAGCAAGUGCAUAAGCUCUGCGCAAACUUCCAUAUAUCUAAAGAAAUCACUUUGAAACCAAAGGCAAGCAAGCCUGAAGUUUACAGCUGGAUGUGCACUGAUUUCUCCGAAGAAACUGAAGGCCGACCAGAAAUUUUCACCGCCAAGUUCAAAAACCAAGAAAUAGCAGAGCAAUUUGUGAAAGUUUUCGGAGACGCUCAGACUAAUCUAUGA